AAAUUAGUUAAGUUGCAGUUGAGAAAAAGAAAAAUCAUUCUCUAGUCGAGGAGGAUGAGGGUGGAUGUUGUUGACGCCUUGAAAAAAUGCGCGGAGGCGCUUCAACAUGGGAAUCCGAGACUUGCAAAUACAGAGAUGGGAAGAGUUAUUCAUCUUGCUGAAGAGGAAACUUCGGCUGCAACUAGAAGAUUGAUCGGAUAUUUUGCACAGGCUCUCGCUUGCCGAGCCUAUGGACUUCAUUCUAAAUAUUUUUCAUUCCCAUCACCUGACUGGAAGAAGUGGAUGUGUGACGGGUAUAACCUUUUUUCUACUGUAGGUCGGUCUAUUUCAGAUGUCAUCAAGGGAAAAUGCAAAGUCCAUGUGAUUGAACUUGUCAAGCACAUGGAUGGUUAUAAGCAAUGGGCAUCCAUUUUGCGUGGGGUUGAUGACUGGGGUGACCUGACGCAUUUAAGGUUAAGUUUCCUUGUACAAGAAAAAGUUGAAAUUUCAAAACAAAGUGAGGAGGAACUUAUUCGAUGCGGGAUGGCGAGUUUGUGGUUGUGAA